GUCCAAGAAAUGACAAACAAGGUGAUGAGUUUGAAAAGAAUGGACAAUUUUCAGCCGAAGCACUCGACAUAGCAUCAAGAUUCCAAAAAUUACAAAAUUCUGUUAUUUCAUACAAAAAGAAAAAUGAAAUUCUUGAGAAAGAAAAAGGUGAAUUAAUCAACAAACUUUAUGACUUAAACCUAAAAAAUGAUCAGUUGCAAACGACUUGUAAUGAAUUGAACGCACGUUUCGAUUCCGAAAAAAGGAGAUGGCAACAAAGGGCUAAUGAAUCAGAUCUUGAGGUUCAAGCGUUAAAGAAACGGCUUAUAGAAUUAAAAGAUGAAGCAUCAAGAUAUCAAUCUGCACUGGGUGAAGCAACCAAUGUUCGAUUUGGUGAUGAUGAUAGUAAUAAUCAGGUGCAACUUACAAAAUCAAUUGUUGAAAUGCAAAAUCUACUAAUGGAUUUCACUACGGUUAAAGGAAGAGAUAUUAUGAUUAAUGAAAAAGCUGCUUUUGACCUCUUGACCGUGUAUAACUGCAAAUCAAAAGGAAAACCGGUGUUAAGUGCUGCUUUACAACGGAAAACUUUUGAAGCAUUGAUUUAUUAUACAAAUAAAUAUCUUAUGCGACCAUAUCGACAAAAAACUGUACAGCCAUUAUCACCACAGCAACAAACCUUUCAACAACCAAAUCAAAAUCCUUAUCCAGGUCAACAAUUUCAACCAUAUCCACCAUAUCAACAUCACCCACAAGUUCAACAUAAUCAAAGAAAUUCAUUACCUCCUCCUCCUACUCUUGAAGAUGACCAGAUUGAAUCAGAAAUCACAAUCCAAAUGACGAAGUUAUGUAGUUUAAUUAAUCAACUUGCUGAAACUAGAAAAGGUUCUGAUGAAAUCACACGUGUAGCACCUGUAAAAGUCCGACAACAAAUUUAUGCAGUAUUAGGUUCACGAGGGUUUUGCAAAGAUAAUCAUUCAGUCAUUGAAAAUUUAGCAAAUAAAAUUUUAGACACUACAGGAAGAUACCGGAAAAUUAGCGACGAAAAACAAAUAGAAUUUUAUAAUAAGGCUUUAGAAGUAGUUAAAAAGUUUGUACAUUUAUAUUUUAAGUUAAAUGCUCAAGAACCUGUACCGAACUAUCAAUUUUAUUUUGAAGCUGGUUCACCUCUACAAAAUAGUCUCAUGGAUGGGUCAUGGGAUGAUGAAAACAUGGAUAAUUUAGAAGUUGAGAUUUGUUCAUUUCCUUUGAUCUCUUUUAAAGGAAAAGAUAAUACUAAAAAAAUACUUUCCAAGGCAAUUGUUCUCCCAAGAGAAAGAGAAUAA